AUGCUGGAAGAUAACUCUGGCCAGCCCAACAUGGCCUCGCAAGAGGAUCCCGCAGCCAACAAGAUGAAGCGCACCAGUUUCUCACCUUGGAGCUCUGGUAUGAUGGGCAGCCGGCCUGGCACGGUGCCGAAAAGCCACGCCCAGGGCCCGGAACCACCGCGAAUUGUGAGCGACAUCCUGGAAGGCGCCGCGGUAAAGAUGUCUGCGGUUGGGGGAUUGGCCAACAAUGCCAAGAUUCAAGCUCUGCAGAGACAAUGGGAACAGAAUAAUGUUCAGGCUCAAGAACAGUCCAUGCAAUCUACAGGGCCUUCUCGGCCUUCUUCUACAGGGCCACCUGCAGUGCCCUCACUCAGGCCUCCCCCACGUAAAAGGGACUCACCAGCCUCUGACACUCCUGCGGUCAAGAAACAGGCCAUAGGUGACAGACGUCCUUCUCCUAGCAGCGCGUCGGAUGGAGGAGCUCAAAUGGUUGACAGCCAGACUCGUGCCAACGCCCGUCGCUUUACGGAAGCAGAGGUGGCAAGGCAAAUGUCAGAGCUCACCGGCGCGUCCGUCAAGAAGAGCGCCAUGCAACCCGCCCCGGCCUUGACGGCGACGGCUGGACCGCCGAGGGCGCCGGCCAGACACUUUCCCACCGGAGGAGAACUACUCAAGAAGAUCAUGGAUGCCCAGGCAGCUUCCAGUCCUUCUCCAGUUCCCCGGGCAGAGACCUUGACGCAACCCCCUCCAGUACCCGCGCCAGCUCCCGGAGAUAGGAUCGUUGCGAUUACCAUGGCUGAGCCAAACCGGGCCUACGUCAACUAUCUCUGCCCUGAUGGUACGAUGGUCUCUGGGCGCGGUGCCCUGAUUCCAUCUAACUACAAGUUGUACGACAACAACGAGUAUCCUUUUGUCUGUCCUGUGCGGGACUGCCGUCGCCUCUUUGCUGGGCUAAAGGGUCUUGGCGGACACUUUGGAGCUAGCCACUGCUCAACAACCUUCAACGACAAUGGUGAUGGAACGCUCACCAAGGUUAGUAACUAUGUCAAGCACGGAGGCGGUGGCUCUCCUGGUAUCGUCAUCUCGAAGCACCCACUCCCAUCGGAUGCUCCUCCACCGACGGAUGCAGGUCUGCCGUAUGUCACUGCGGCUCAGAAACGGGCCUCAGGUGUUGGACUUCCGGAAGCGCCUGAGAGGAAGCCUUCUACCAGACUGAGCGAUGCUAUUCAGCAAAAAGCAGCCCUGCCUGUGCUCACAUGGGACGUUAAAGACUAUCUGCACCAGUUUCUGAGUCCAGCCCAGAAGCAUCACCAGCGAGAGGAUGUCACUGCGAUGCUGAGCCUGCCACGAAGACGAACCCUCCCUGACACCUGGAUCCAGAAUCACCGUGGGGGUGAUGUCGACAUCAACCACUACGCAUGUGCUUUGGCCUACCUCACAGGAAAGGAAGUAACGGGACCAGAAGAAUGCGCGGCCAAUACUCGAUCUAGUUCACGACCGUCGGCACGACUUUCUCACCCCUGCAUCGCUCUGUGGCCUGGCAUGCCAGCGUCUGCCAAACAGGCCUUCUUCGGUGCGGAAACUUGUGUAGGAUGCAGGUACUGGUGUCAUCUUCAGCGCCAGCGGAACUGUUGUGACUGGGGACCUGAGUCCAGGUCUGGACGGGCAUCAAGCGGGUCGAGGUCUUCGUCAGGAUCUGAAGAGGCUACCACCAGGUCUGAUGCCAUGGAGGUCGACCAGGACUAUCAACCUGAGAAAGUCAGCCAAUCUAGGAUGGUGACCGAGACGGCUCCGGAGCCGAGACAAACCAAGAGGGUUCAGUCUCAGGCUACCUCAACCGGACUCACGAUGAGAGAGCAGCCUAUGGCCGGUGUUGUAGGUGGCCCAGGACAGAUGGGGGGCGUUGAACUGGAGAUGGAGGACUGGGAGGUUGCGCCGGGAAGAGUGAAGGACGAGUCAUCCGAGAACGUUGCGUUCUCCAACUCGUACCUGACUAGCGGACAACCCAUCACCGUUUCUGAGGACGUCAGUUUCAACGUGCUUGUCAUCAAACCCGGCAGCGCCAGCCACUGGAGUGUGGAGGACGAUAAGCUACGAACCUGCUCAGUGGCGGCGGGCAAGAUCCGGGUGACGAUGGGCGAGAAGACAUUCCAGCUGGGGCCUAACGGCAUGUUUGUUGUGCGACCAGGACAGGCGUGCAAGGUCGAGAACCGGCUCUACGUGGAUUCCGUUAUCCAUUGUACGACCAUUGACAACUUCUCCCUUCAGUAG